UCUCGCUCGCGGCAAACCGAGACGUCAGUUCGCCUCAAGCCUUCUAGAUCUCAGCUCCGUUCUUGCCAUAAAAUGUGCCUUUGAGUGACCGACGAUGGACAGCAAUCCCGAUUCGCCGGACUCCCUCGCUAGCGACCUGCUCAAUUCUCAGAGGAGGAAGAGGAGCAGAAUCCUGAUCGGCGAUGUCGUCAGAAGGUCCCCGGACGUCGUCGCCACCAAAAACAACAAUAACGAUGUGGAUUUCGUGCUCAUGGAGGAACAGCCCCAGGAACAACACCACGAGAAUGGCGAGGAAGAGGAACGCCUCACCGCCACCGGCCAUGGUUCCUUGACGCUGGGCGGCGGCUCGCCGGGCGGUUACUCGGCGGGCGGCUCGACCGCCCAUCAUCGGGCGGCCUCGGGCCUCCACCAUUCCGCCGCCAUGCAACACCAACUGCCGCAGCCUGACUUCCAGCCGCCCUACUUCCCGCCUCCCUUCCACCAUCCGCCCAGUCCGCCGCCCCAGCAGCAUCUCGAGUACCUCACGGAUCCGUACGGGGGCCUCUCCGGCCUGCACCACUACAACCAGUUAGGGUUGAGGAGGGACGGCGACGGGAAUCACACGCAUGUU